AUGGAUUAUUGAACCAUCGGCCAUAUGGUUGCUUCUAGAUACGGACACAAUUGCAGAGAAUGCCAUCGUGCAAUCGAUAAAGGUGAAAGAAUCAUCUAUCGAGAUGGACGAAAAAUAAGACUUAUGUAUCACGAAAAAUGCUUUUCUGGAACUGCAGACCCUAGAACUCAAGUUGGAAGUUCCUUCAAUCAAGGAAGAAUGCCUAAAUCUUGUUUCCAGUCAAAAGCUCCUCCUUCAAAGUUUUAA